UGAAUUUUUUUUUCCCUUAAUAACCAUUUUACCAGCGUUUCAACUACGAAAAAAAGCCACCUAAUCCAAUAAAGAGAAUUGUCUUUUGCUUGUAGACGAUAACUUAACCAAAAAAUAUAAAAUAUAGACAAAGUUUGCUUUACAACCUAAUAAAGUAUAUAAGACGAACAACUUUUUUUUUUGAAAUUCGCUCUGCAUCGCCACUAUUUAUAAAGCUAAACAUAGACUCAACUUCACAUCUGUACAAAAAAAAAAAAAAAUUUUUUUCUUCACAAAUAUUUUAUUUACGGGCAGAGAUCGUUUCGUUCGGUAUACCAAGACAAGUAAAGAAAGACGGACAGCCGUCAUAUAAACCAACACGCAUUUUUUUAACUUUAAAAAGAUUCACGCAAAAUAACUCUUGUAUUAUAACACUGUAUAAAAACUUAAAAACAUUCAAAUGGCUGGAAUUCUCCCAAAUCAUCAACAGCCACACCAUCUCAAUCAUGAAAACGAUAGUUGGAAGAAAAAUUUACGGCUGCCUCCUAAAGAUCAUCGACCACAAACAGAGGAUGUCACAGCUACAAAGGGAAACGAAUUCGAAGACUAUUUUCUAAAACGCGAAUUACUGAUGGGUAUAUUUGAGGCCGGAUUUGAGAGACCAUCACCAAUUCAAGAAGAAUCCAUACCAAUCGCUCUUACUGGUCGUGACAUUCUUGCAAGAGCAAAAAAUGGUACUGGUAAAACGGCAGCUUUUGUUAUUCCAGCCUUAGAAAAAAUUAAUGUGAAAAAACCGAAAAUUCAAGCGUUGUUACUCGUCCCUACGAGAGAAUUGGCCUUGCAAACAUCGCAAGUAUGCAAAACCCUUGGAAAGCAUAUGGGAGUACAGGUUAUGGUAACGACAGGUGGUACAACGUUAAAAGACGAUAUUUUACGUUUAUCUGAAAUUGUACAUAUUGUUGUUGGAACACCUGGUCGUAUUUUGGAUUUAGCUGGAAAAGGCGUAGCCGACUUCAGCGAAUGUCCAACAUUCGUAAUGGAUGAAGCAGAUAAGUUGUUGAGUCCAGAAUUUUCUCCGAUCGUCGAACAACUUAUAACAUAUUUCCCCAAAGAUCGCCAGAUAAUGUUAUAUAGCGCUACAUUUCCCUUGAUUGUGAAAAGUUUUAAGGAUAAAUAUCUUGUAAAGCCGUAUGAAAUCAAUUUAAUGGAUGAACUCACACUUCGUGGUGUCACACAAUAUUAUGCUUUCGUUGAAGAACGGCAGAAAGUGCAUUGUCUUAAUACCUUAUUUUCUAAGCUACAAAUUAAUCAAUCUAUCAUUUUUUGUAAUUCGACUAACCGGGUUGAACUUCUUGCGAAGAAAAUAACCGAACUUGGAUAUUCAUGUUUCUACAGUCAUGCAAAAAUGUUACAGAGUCAUCGUAAUCGUGUUUUCCAUGAUUUCAGAAACGGUGUUUGUCGUAACUUAGUAUGCUCAGAUUUACUUACUCGUGGUAUUGAUAUCCAAGCGGUUAAUGUCGUGAUUAAUUUUGAUUUCCCAAAAAAUGCCGAAACGUACCUUCAUCGUAUUGGUAGAUCCGGACGGUUUGGACAUCUUGGGCUUGCCAUUAAUCUUAUCACUUAUGAUGAUCGGUUUAAUCUUUACAAGAUUGAACAAGAGCUUGGUACUGAGAUUCAACCUAUUCCGCCCGUUAUUGACAAGCGAUUGUAUGUUGCUCCAAGUGCACUGGAUGAUGCUCAAACUCAACAAAUUCAGAAUAACCAAAAUAAUCAAAAUAUUAAUAGUCAAAAUAAUCAAAAUAUUCAAAAUAUUCAAAAUAAUCGCUCUCAAAGUCAUCAAAACCAUCAAAGUCAUCAAAAUUCACGAAGUUCAGGUGGUAUGAGGAACACUAAUGCAAGAGGUGGUGGUAUGGGUGUUAAAGCUGCUUCUUGAAAAAAUCCCUUUUUGUACAAAAGGUCAUUUGAAAUAUUGUGAGUGUAAAGAUGUUUAAUUAAAAAAAUUGGAGGACUCUUUUCAUUCGCUAUUUUAUUUGUUGAAUUAUUCUUUUUUUCUUCCUUAUUAUUUUUCUGAUAAUAAAGAGGUUUUAUUUUUUUUUAUUUUAUUUUUUUUUU